UAGGUGUAAUUUUCUUAAACAAAUACAAAAUGGAGAUGUUUGUGGUUCUUUUUCCUCGACGGAAAUUUCUGGUUAGUCUCUUGGAGUCUGCUCUCCUCAAUUGGAGAGAUUCCCGAUGAUCCCUUUCUGACCAACUCGACUGGGUUCUCAGUAGGAUCCACCAUGAACCGAUUUCGAGCUUCACGUACUUCGGUUUCAGGCUCCGCCGCCGUUGCCCAGUUGAGGAAGAAAGCUUUCAAUUCAUGGGCGGCUAUUCAGGAUACAUUUUUCUCAACCAAAGAUAUAUUUGAAAGGCAUAGGGUGGUGUUUACAGUUGGCACCUCUAUAGCAUCAGUAGCCACAGCGUGGUUUGGGUAUUCUUUACGCCACCUACACGAUUCAAAAGUUGAUCAAAGGCUUGAAUCAAUCGAGAAAGCUAUGAAAAACAGUCAUCUUAGUGGACAUUCAGAGAUUAGGAAGAUUGUUGAUUCCAGAGGUUUUAGCACACCUUCUUGUGUAGCCACUGCUGGAACCACUUUAAUUAUUGGGUAUGGCUUGGGUUGGCGAGGUGGAAGAUGGUAUGCGAAUAGAAAAUUCAGAAAAGAGCAGAUGAAAAUGCUAGGGCAACUAAAACCUAGGAGAUGGCAGUUUCUUGGACGGGUGACCACUCAAGAUGGGUACAUUCUUAGCAUUCAGAGAAUUCCAGGGGUACUGCCAGAGGGCAAAGCAGAAAACAGUAUACCUGUUCUUCUGCAACAUGGUGUUCUGAUGGAUGGAGUAACAUGGCUGCUACUCCCUCCACACCAGUCGUUGGCAUUUCUCUUGGCAGAUAAUGGAUUUGAUGUAUGGAUAGCGAAUACUCGUGGAACAAAAUACAGCCGCGGCCAUGCAUCGCUCACUCCUGAAGAUGGGUCUUAUUGGAAUUGGUCAUGGGAUGAAUUGGUGGCUUAUGAUCUCCCAGCUACACUCCAUUAUGUGCAUGAUCAAACAGGACAGAAGCUGCACUAUGUUGGGCAUUCACUGGGAACUUUGAUGGCUUUGGCUUCUUUUUCCAAAGAACAGCUAUUAAAUAUGUUGAGAUCAGCAGCUCUUCUUAGCCCAAUUGCUUAUGUGGGUCAGUUGACCUCACCCCUUGCAAGAAAUGCUGCCGAGAACUUUAUUGCCGAGACGCUGUACUGGUUAGGCAUUCACGAAUUUGUUCCAAGAGGGGAGGCUGUAAUGAAACUUCUUAGAGAUAUCUGCAAGAAACCAGGCAUUGACUGCACCGACUUGUUGACCUCGUUCACAGGAGUAAAUUGCUGCCUGAAUUCUUCCAUAGUAGAUAUUUUUCUAGACCACGAGCCUCAGUCAACAGCAACCAAAAACAUGAUCCAUCUGGCUCAGAUGAUAAGAGAUGGAACGAUCACGAUGUUUAACUAUGGAACCGAAGAUGAGAACUGGAAACACUAUGGGCAGCCUAAUCCACCAGUCUACAGGACCAGCAUUCCAAAUAACCUUCCUCUCUUUGUCAGCUAUGGAGGGAGAGAUGCUCUCUCUGAUACCAGAGAUGUAAGACUUCUGUUGGACAGUCUCAGAGAUCAUGAACGCGAUAAGCUUGUGGUUCAGUACAGAGAAGAUUAUGCUCAUGCUGAUUAUGUAAUGGGCCAAAAUGCUAAGAAAGUUGUUUAUGAUCAUCUGAUAGCCUUCUUUAGGCUUCAAUGAGGGUAGUACUUGUAUAAAAAGAACGUUAUUUCUCUUGACCAAAUUUUCUCUUAGUUUAGUCUCAUCACUACCAUAACUCAGUGUUAUUGUCAACAUAAUCCAAUCUAAUUAUCAAAUCUAGUCUUGAUACAAA